AAUUAUGUAGGAAUUUGUAUGUGAUAUUAGUGCUCCUCGUGGCGCCAUCUACAGGCGCGAGUGCGUAAGGUCAGGAGCUUUUAAGGUGGAACAGAAAAUCCGGAUAAGAAUUAAAGUUCAGCCUCAUCAUCUACAUUUUACAUUUACAUUUAUGACAUUUGGCAGAUGCCCUUAUCCAGAGCGACUUACAUUUAUCUCAUUUAUACAAGUGAGCAGUUGAGGGUUAAGGGCCUUGCUCAAGGGCCCAACAGUGGAAGCUUGAGCUCCUGACCUGAUCAGUAGUCCAGAGCCUUUAACCACUGACACAGAGUUCCAGUUUUGUUUCAUCGCUCCACAGAAUAGAAUCCCAAAACUUCUGUGGUUAUUUAUAUGAUUUUUGAGCGAGUUUUCUUGUGCUUUUGGGUCAGUAUUGGUGUAUGUCUUGGAGUUCUGGCAUGGAAACCUUCUGUGUUCGUUUCAUCAGAUAUGCUUGAGACAACAACUGUUUUGCAUAUUUGUGUUGUUGUGAGGGAUUCUAUUCAGGGGGUUGAAUAAUUUUGAAACUGGAGAAAUCAUUAUAAGUUGCAUUUUCAGUUGAAUUUGGGGAAACCACUUGAAGCAUUCGUUGUGUUGAACUAUUUCAAUUGCUUUUGUUUGAUUUGUUCAUUGCAAACAGCUGAAAGUCUGUAAAUUGUGACAAUAAACCUGAUUUGUAAUGGGGGUUGAAGAAAUUGAUUGCAACUGUGUGUAUAUGUUAUGUUUUUUGGGUUGAUUUUUUUUUUUUUUUGCCUUCGCGUUGUCCGCGAUCUUCAUUCAUAUGUGCACACUGCUUCCUUUGGGAAGACUGGGAGGAUGAUUUGGAGAUUAGCACCGGAAGUUAGGAGGCGAAGCUCAGGCUGUUUGGGACAAAUGGCCGAACAACACAAACAAGUCACUGCACUUUAAAAUUUCAACAAUGUAAACAGAAUUUACAGUCUGCACUGCGCUGUAAGAGAGUAAGGCCAUGCUUUAAGUGGUGAAACAUGGUGUUAUUGGAGUUCAGGACACUUGUACGCGCAGGACAUGGCGCGACUGUCUGCCAAGAAACUUUUCGCGGUUUGCUUUUGCGCUUCAGCUUUUGUUUUUCUCAUCAUUACACUUCAGGUGGUGGAGGAGCUGGGCCAGUUUGAGCAGACGACGCACACACGCCCCCUAAAGGACAGAGAGGAGUUAACACAGAUCCAGGCUUUCCCUGCGAGCGCUGUGCUCAGUGAUGAUGGUGCGUCUCCAGGCUCAGAGAGCAGUUACCCCAUUAUUGUGUGGUGGUCUCCACUGACCGGAGAGCUGGGACGGCUUGGGGAAUGUGGCCAUAACAGAUGUUUUUUCACCAUUAACAAGUCCUACUAUUCUCAUUCUUCUACACAGGCCUUCCUGUUUUAUGGUACGGACUUCAGCAUAGAAAGUCUCCCUUUACCAAGGAAGCAACAGCACCACUGGGCUCUUUUCCACGAGGAAUCGCCUAAGAACAACUACAAGCUCUUCCACAAGCCUGUCAUCACCCUGUUCAACCACACAGCCACCUUUAGCCACCAUUCCCACCUCCCACUCACUACACAACACCUGGAGAGCCUCCAUACGCUCACUUCCCACACGUUCCUGCUCCCUCUGGCACAGAAGAACCAGCUGAGACGCACUCUGGCUCCUGUGGUGUAUGUCCAGUCGGACUGUGACCCACCAUCAGAUCGCGAUGUCUAUGUGCAGGAGCUUAUGAAGUACAUUCCAGUGGACUCCUAUGGCCAGUGCCUGCAUAACAAGGAUCUUCCCAUCCACUUGAGUGACUCCACUGCCAUGGAUGAGGAGAGCUUCUUUCAGAUCCUAGCCCGGUAUAAGUUCAUUCUAGCGUUCGAAAAUGCCAUCUGUGAUGACUACAUCACAGAGAAACUGUGGCGGCCACUCAAGCUCGGUGUGGUCCCUGUGUACUACGGAGCCCCUAAUGUUCACAUGUGGCUUCCAAGUAACAGAAGUGCAAUUGUGGUGGACCCAAAGCAGUCUCCAGAGAAACUGGCCCAGUAUAUAAAGAGUCUGGACAAAAACGACCAGGAGUAUUUAACAUACCUGGACUGGAAGCUGAAACGUGAGGUCUCAAAUCAGAGACUUUUUAAAGAACUGAAGGAGCGUCAGUGGGGUGUGCAGGACAUGACUCGGGAUAACUUUAUUGAUGUCUUUGAGUGCAUGAUAUGUAACAGGGUGUGGGAGAACAACAACAGACUACAUGAGGGAUUGGUCCCCAGAGUGUGGCAGGCUGAAGAACAUCAUCUCACAUGUCCACCUCCAAAGCUGUUCCACUUUGCUGUAGAUCAUUUUAACAGCUCUUCUCUGCGCUACAUCUGGAGGGCCAGUUAUGAGCAGUCAGUGAGAGAAGCCCGAGCUCUGAGCCGGCUGACACUGAGGAACAGGAACUUCACAGCUACACAGUUCUGGAGGGAGGUGUUUAGUGACUGAGCUCUACUUUACAUGAAGUGUGAUGUAAUGCUUCAAAGGGCAGUAAAUGUGGGUUUUUUAAAAAAAUAACCGAAAUAUUCUUAGAGUGAGGGACAGAGAGACAGAUGUCUAUUACUACAGACCUACGUCUUGUUCUGAUUGGAUGAGCAGAAUGACAUUAAUAUGCAGGUAGGGUUAUAGGCUGUUUUCUUCUAAUCCCUAUUCAGGAAAGAUGUGAACUUAUAAAGGCUGAUACUAUUUUAAUAUGAAAAACUAUAUUGCACAUCUCUAAUUUGUUCUACCAAGAUAACAUGGAUGCAACAAUUAGAGAACCCAUCCGUAGCUCUAUGACCGUUCUUGGAUUUGAACACAUGUCCUUCCUGUUACCUCUACUUGCAGCUCCUUUUUCAAAGAUGCCUGACUGAGUUUUAUUAACAAAACGUUGCAUUUCAAACAGGCUGAAACAGCCAUAAGCACUAUAUAUACACAGUAUGCAUGUGCUUCUAAAUAUACCAUUUUUACAUGAACUUGUGUUUCUAAAGUAAACUGAGAUGUAUACAAGAGUCAAGGGCUUAAGUUGUUAUAGUCUUGCUUAAGGCAGUCUUCGACCUACCUGCAGAUUUUAUGUUCUUAUCAGAAACAAUGAGCAGUGCUCGCUCAAAUUUAGCAUUGGGUGAAAUGCCACCUGAGGUGAAACCGAUAGAAAUCAAUACCAUUAGUGUGCUGCAGAAAGCUCACGUCUCCACAAAUAGAGCUUUGCCCAGAGUCUAUACUUAGCGUGCUAUAUUUGUGUCUUAGUUUUAUCAGCUCUAGUCAUUUUUGUCUUCAAGGGUGGUCAUUUAGCCCUGUACUACUCAAUAAACUCUCGUACCUAUGCAUUUUUAGAUAUACUUUGUGCCAAAGGGUGAACAGUUAAGUAUAGUGCCAUUUUGACCCUCCAAAAAGGCUGCCCAUAAUGUACAUCCCUGUCCUAAACAUCAUGUUUAUAUGAUAUAGACUU